AUGCAUCAAGGGACCUGGCAUCUUGGACACAAAUUGGUACGAAAUGUCAUCAACGCAACAAAUCAAAUUAACCUCUCCAACGCGACAACGGACGCAUUUCCGAUUGGCCCAAACAAUAAUCUUGUCGCCGUGUUGGGUCUCUUUGCGCCUACUAUCCGGUGGCACAAUGGAACGUUUUAUAUCAUUUGCACUAACGCCGCUCGCAAGAACGGGGAAGAAGUCUGCAUUAACAACUUUUACAUUAAAUCAGUGAACAUCUGGGCCAACGAAUGGAGCAAUCCCAUCUGGUUUGAAUACGAUGGAAUCGACCCAAGCCUGCUUUUCGAUGACAAAACUGGCAAAGUCACCUUUGAGGGCCACAAGGCCAUAAUGGCGCGAUCUAGAGACAUAUGGGGUCCUUACGAGGCCUACGAUAAGAACCCAGUGCUUACAGCGGCUAGCACAGAUGAGUAUGUCCAAAAUGUUGAACAUGCUGAUUUGUUCCAGGAUGGGUCUGGAGCCUGGUGGGCUGUGGCCUUGGGCGUGAGAAACGAGAUUGGAGGCAGGUGCCCAAUUGGACGGGAAACAUUUUUGAUUCCUGUGCAAUGGCCUGCAGGGGAGUGGCAAGUAUUCGGUCGGGCUAAAAUGCAAUUUGAACGAAUUGCUCUUCCCAUUGGCUCUGAGAGGGAUUUAUUGCCCAGUCAAACGGAGCUGGUCGAUGAUGUCUACAUUCGUGAUGCUCAACUCAAUAAUUACAUGUUUUCAGCAGACAGCAGCAUGAUCGCACUCAUUUCAAGGGCUAAUGGGCUAUCAGCAACUCAUGCAACUUUUCAUAUUCCCAGUGACCCUGGAUUUAAGGCCGGAUUGACACUUUAUAAGGAGAAUUUCCGUCAUGUUGACAUCUGCUAUGAUAGCAAUACUAGACAAGUGACACUAGAGGCUUGUUUCAAACUGAAGGGAGAACCACAAAUCAUCGCAGAAACUGCUAUCACGGCACGCAAAGUCCAGAUGCAGAUAUGUGCGUCUACCUUGGCAUACGAAUUUUCUAUCAGUAUCGAUGCUGAGACGGACUGGACUUUGCUCGGAUCAAUUGACGCAUUGGAGAUGACCGCUUGCGAUUUCAACGGGACGAUACUUGGCAUUUUUGCAGCUUCAGCAAGCACUGAGGAGAGGGUCUGUACUAUAGAAUUUGAAGACUUUUCCGUGUCUUGA